AUGAAAGGGAGAGGAGAAAAGAGGGGAGAGGAUGAGAGUAGUGAUGACUGUUUUCUCUUUUACAGGAGGUGGAGGAGGCAGCGGCUGAGAGAGAGGGAGGAGAAAAGAGAGAGAGGAGAGGAGGAGAGUGACGAGAGUGAUGCUGAGUUUGAUGAAGGAUUCAAGGUGCCUGGAUUCCUCUGGAAUAAACUCUUCAAGUAAGUAACAAAGAAACCGCUUUUCCCAAUUGUUACUGUAUUUUGUACAUUUCACUCCCUUCCCUGACUAGAUGUUUAACUUGAUACCUGUUGAAUAUGAACUCUGAUAUAGUGAAAAUUAUCAUAUACAUAAAGUAUGAUCAUACUUGUGUGUGGACCAGUUUAUAAAAAUACAUGAUUCAGUUUUAGAUUGGUUUUUAUCAUUACUUCGGAAAGUCAUUGUCAGAAUAAUUGAAGCAUAUUGAACUCAAAGCAGGCAGAUCGUUUCGGACUGUAUUCAGUUGAGUAACUGAGUCUGAGUUGAGUAAAAUUACUCAAGUAGAAAGUGAGUAUAGUGGCUCACAGCUGAUCAGUCUCUACACUUCCGGUCUCUUUAUCUGGAAUCAUUACUGAUAAUGACCUAAUGACCUAAUGAUUAAUUUCCCACUACACACAUUACGCUCUUUGUAUUUGGGCGGGGGGUGGAUUUUUGAACGACAGGGAUGUUUGUGUGUGUAUAUUAACAGCUGUGUGCGCGCGUAUGCUUGCAUUUGUGUCUUUGUCUCUGUGUGUGUGUGGGUGUGUGUUCCAGGUACCAGCAGACAGGUGUGAGGUGGCUGUGGGAGCUACACUGCCAGCAGGCAGGGGGGAUCCUGGGGGAUGAGAUGGGUCUGGGUAAAACCAUCCAAGUCAUCGCAUUCCUGGCUGGCCUCAGCUACAGUAAACUACGCACACGAGGUUCCAACUACAGGUACACAUGGACACACGCAUGCACACACGUACACCUGACCUGGGUUCAGUUAUUAUUUAAAAUCUUUCAAAUACUUUGAGCAUUUGCUUUAGCCUGCCUAGAGGGCCAGGUGGGUGGGGUCUGCAUUUUUGGGACUUUUCUAUUGGUUCCGUUGCAACAGGCAAGCUCAAUCAGGCACAGAUAAAGUAUUUGGACCAUAGAGCUAGAUGGAGAUCAUUACUUGGAUAUAUCCCGUUUUUGCAUGGACAUUGCCAUUGAGGACUUCCACCAUUUUAAAGUAGUCAACUGGGUGGGGACUUCCUAUGGGUUGAAGAAGGAUCACACAAUUCCAUCCAGCUCGUCAGCAGGGAUCAGCCAAAGAAUUAUACUCGUGAGCAAACAUUCCAUAACUGCAGGUGGGUUAAAUCGCCAACCUUGGCUUUAUACCUGUUCAAACAACAGACUCCAGGUGGCAGUAUGCACCCUUUCAGUUUGUUUACCAAUUCAUAGAAGUAGGAGAAGAAGAAAAUUAACUAGUUUAUAAUGGAGAUGGCCUCAAUCGCACUGCCCAUGCCCUCACAGACGCCAUAAUGGGACAGUUAAAAAGAUGUGUCUUCUAACUAAGUCUAUGAUUUGGACCCAGGUCUGACACAUGCACGAACACACACAAACUUUAGCCGUUACGGUGCGUUCAGACUGGGAGUCUGUGUAGUAAUGAAUAUUUCAUUAGGGUGAUUUGUGCUGGAGAGUUUUAGUCUGAAUUAUUAAACAUGUUUCAAUUAUUAGACUUCUCUCAUUCUCUACUGCAGACACCAAAGGAAAUGCGGACAUGACACAGGGUCUGUGUGUGCGUGCGUGUGUGUAAUUCUUAGUGGAUGUGGUCACAGGGGCAGAGGGGGCCAAUUAAACGUGAAACACAUUAAAGCACAUUGAAGGCAGGGCCCACUGGUUCCACACACACACACACACACACUCCAGAGGGAUUGAACCUCUCUGAUGGUCAAUACUCUGUCUGCUGUGAACGUCCACAAAUUGAUUGUUUGCAAACUCAAUUAUGCCUCUAUCAAUGGUUUCCACCAAGCAGAGAUUCAUGGCUGUGACGAUAAUUUAAUAACGGUGUAACUGACGGUUAUUGAUGAAGACCGUCAUGGAAAUAAAAUAACCGCCAAAACCGUUGAAAUAGGCCUACAUUCAUUUUAGGAUUUAAAAAAAGUGUAUUAACUUUAUUGUCAUGUAGAUAAACUUUACCUAAUAGCGGGAGUGUUUAUUAAUGAUUACAAGCAAUUGUUUUGCUAACUUAGUCUAUUAAAGUUUCUACAUCCUCCGCUUUCCAACUGUCCUUUGAUGCUCGAGCAGCUGUAGAGCGCUAUAGGCUAUGACACUUCAGUAAAAAAUGUUUUGAUGUGUCAACUUUCUUUUAUACAAUGCACAUUCUCAUUGCUUGCUAGUAAAUAAAUACAUCUGUCUUUAAAAAAGGUCGGAUGUUUCUGACUAUUCAUUAAUUAUUCAACAGCAGUUGACAAGGUUGUUCUGGCUCUGAGGCCUAUAAUGCGCUAAUGUUGUGUGAAAUGGACAAUGUGCCAAUCCUCUCCAAUGCUGAUCAGGCCCGGUCCUGGUCGAUAUGCCGGCGUAUGCGAGACAAAAAAAAUGUUGACGCCGCUUAUCCCCGCAAAGUAGAAUAGCAAUGGACUUUUAUGAAUGCCCAUGUGGCAGGGUUGUGGGUUUGAUUCCCACGGGGGGCCAGUAUAAAAAAAUAUAUAUAUAUAUGUAUUCACUAACUGUAAGUCGCUCUGGAUAAGAGCGUCUGCUAAAUGACUAAAAUGUAAAUGUAAAUGUGGUAGCCUACCAUUUGUAAAAUAGCCAAUUUACCGUUAAACCCUGUCAUUAUUUCUGUUAAUGCAUUUAUUAAUUAGUAAUUUACAGUUCUCAAAUGUUGUUUGCAGAGUUCACAACCUGCUACACUUAUGAAAAACACGUUUUGGUUUAUUUCAUAGCAUAAUUUACAUGCUCCAUGUGAGCAAUGAGCAUGUGUCUGGUUUCUCUUUCCUGUUAAUGUUGACAGGGGGCGCGCGCCUGAGCACACAUAGAAGUACUUGGUCUGCUUCUCGCAAAUGUAGGAAAGUGCCCUUUUGGGGAUGUCUGAUUUCUGAUUUUCUUCACUCACCUCCACUAAUAAGCUGGGCUUCUCAGUCAUUUUUUCUUUACCUCUCACAGUAAGUCAACGAAGUCCGUUUCUUUUUACAUCCAUUCACACUGAGCAAAAAUAUAAACGCAACAUGUAAAGGGUUGGUCCCAUGUUUCAUGAGCUGAAAUCAAAGAUCCCAGAAAAUAAGCACAGAAAGCUUAUUUCUCAAAAAUGUUGGGCACACAAUUUGUUUUCCACCCUGUUAGUGAGCAUUUCUCCUUUGCCAAGAUAAUCCACACACCUGACAGGUGUGGCAUAUCAAGAAGCUGAUUAAACAGCAUGACCUUUACACAGGUGGACCCUGUGCUGGGGACAAUAAAAGGCCACUCUAAAAUGUGCAGUUUUGUCACACAACACAAUGCCACAGAUGUCUCAAGUUUUGAGGGAGCGUGCAAUUGGCAUGCUGACUGAAGGAAUGUCCACCAGAGCUGUUGCCAGAAAAUGUAAUGUUAAUUUCUCUACCAUAAGCCCACGUAGUUUUAGAGAAUUUGUCUGUACGUCCAACCGGCCUCACAACCGCAGACCAAAUGUAACCACGCCAGCCCAGGACCUCCACAUCCGGCUUCUUCACCUGCGGGAUCAUCUGAGACCAGCCACCCGGACAUCUGAUGAAACUGUGGGUUUGCACAACCGAAUAAUAUUUGCAUCUGCGUGCUCGUCGUCCUCACCAGUGUCUUGACCUGACUGCAGUUUGACGUCAUAACUGACUUCAGUUGGCAAAUUCUCACAUUUUAUGGCCACUGGCAUGCUGGAGAAGUGUGCUCUUCACGGAUGAAUCCCAGUUUCAACUGUAGAUUGGCAGAUGGCAGACCAUUCAUCCGCCGCCGCACACCUCAUGUUUCAGCAUGAUAAUGCACUGCCCCAUGUCGCAAGGAUCUGUACACAAUUCCUGGAAGCUGAAAAUGUCCCUGUUCUUCCAUGGCCUGCAUACUCACCAGACAUGUCAUCCAUUGAGCAUGUUUGGGAUGCUCUGGAUCAACGUGUACAACAGUGUGUUCCAGGUCCCGCCAAUAUCCAGCAACUAUGCACAGCCAUUGAAGAGGAGUGGGACAACAUUCCACAGACCGCAAUCAACAGCCUGAUCAACUCUGUGCGAAGGAGAUGUGUCACGCUGCAUGAGGCAAAUGGUGGUCACACCAGAUACUGACUGGUUUUCUGAUCCACACCCCAACUUUUUUUUUUGGUAUCUGUGACCAACAGAUGCGUAUCUGUAUUCCCAGUCAUGUGAAAUCCACAGAUUAGGGCCUAAUUUAUUUAUUUCAGUUGACUGAUUUCCUUAUAUGAACUGUAAAUUGUUGAAUGUUGCAUUUAUAUUUUUGUUUAGUGUAUAAUCGCUCCUCACGGUAUUUGAAAAAUCUUUCCAACACACUCCCCCUCGAUAAUCAGCAUCGCUGAUAAAUAGGCUAUGGACAUGUUGCGUGUAUUUAUUUCUAUUUUAAUGGUUGUCAAUUUCAUCUUCAUACUAUAGCAUAGCUGUCCCCUUCAUGCUUUCCUUGUCAAUUAAUUAUCUAAUAGCCUACCUUCGAAAAGCCUAUGGUAGGCCUAGGUUUUUUAAAUACAUUUUAAGGAAAGGAUAAAUAUUUGCUCUUGUGUCUGACAUAUGCUGGUGGCUUUGAUUGACGGGUGCUUUUACAGGGGUGUGCGUGUGAGUUCGCUGAUACUAUUUCCAUUCAGAAAGUUUCCUAAAGUAGCCUGUUUGGACUCAAUCUCUUUAAUAAGAAUCAAAUGAUUUAAUCUUGGAAGAUGCCUAUUUUCAGUAGCUUAGGCUACAUUACUUCUCUCAUUACGGUGUCCUCUCUUUGAAGAACAUAUUUUUGUGCCACUGCCAUCGAAUGACCGCAGCAGCAGGGUUUGUGACAUUAUGCGACUAUUUCGGGAAAAGUAGGAGAAAACCCAUCGAAUUUCGUUUGACUGGUUUUAUGCAUCAAAAUAGGAUGUGUAUUUCAUUAUUAUUUUUAUUGCAGGAAAGCCAACCGACAGGGUAGGCAUAUCUUUCUUUUGACUCCGUUUUAAUGUUGUGUCAAUAUGAAAAUGUGACAGAUCCUCCAACCUGGCAUUUCUGAAUUUGUAAUAACCUGAAUAAUAAGAAUGAAAUGCCAUGAUGAUAAUAAAGAAGUGUUAAUGGCUUGUUUCAAAUAGGAUUUAUUAGAAGCAUAUCCAAGUAAACAAGUGUACGAACCUGAACGGUUAUGUCAGUGACAGUGUACAUUGGCCUGGCCAGUUACCGUAACCUCAAAUUCCAAGACUGUCACAGCCCUAAUGGCAGUGUGUGUGUCCGUGUGUCUCCGUUAAUGCUUCCACAGACAUUUAGUGUGUUCUGUCCACUUAUCUCAGUCAGUGUGCAGGCACAAACACACGCUCUGGGAGCAUCGUAAUGGCCUAACAUCAGCGCUCCAUUCAUACUGUCAUACUCAGAAGGAUCUGUUACACCCUGUUCUAGUUUACUGAACUCGUUAGUAACACUUAAUGUGAGGGAAUUGAUGUCCCUGCACCCUUCACCCCUAAAACCCCAUUCCUCAUCCUACAGUCCCUUGUGACAUCAUUCGCUUAUUUUCUGUCAGUAUUAACACGGUGUGAAUGAACCAUAACAUGCCAGCAGCCUGACUUAAACACAAACCCUGAACUUUACCUGAUCCUAACCGUGUGUGUGUGUGUGUGUGUGUGUAUUCCAGGUACCAAGGACUGGGUCCUACAGUGAUAGUGUGUCCAGCUACUGUCAUGCACCAGUGGGUCAGUGAGUUUCACACCUGGUGGCCCCCAUUCAGAGUGGCUGUCCUACACGACACGGGAUCCUUCACCCAAACAAAGGUAGGGGGUUUACUGCUGCUGUAUCUUUUCUCCUGUCAGCAUUGUGUGGAGGAUUUAGCUCUGAGGGAGGUGUAAAUUAAUUAGUGGUACACUAGUAGAUAUUAAUUACUUUACACUGUAGAGCGCACCCGGCAAGUUGUGUGGGUGUGACAUGGUGAUUAAUGGGAGUUUUUAUUUUUUAAGGUGUUUCCCUUUGGGGGGGGCACCAAAGACCUGUUUUAUGCAGAGUUGGCUCCUCAUGCCUCCCCCUUUCAUAGUGAUGAGGUGCAAACUCCACAUGCACUUUUAAUUAACCAGUCUCUAUGGUACUGAGAAAUAAUGUGUCACCAUCAGCUGGCGACGUGAGGACCGGGGUUCAGUGAGGUGACGUUCAGUGAUGUUCUCAAUGAUAUAAAUGUAAUGAGUAGAGCUGACACAAUUCCCUAUUCUACCUGAAAGACGAGCAUAUCUGUUCUACACAAUACAUUUCUACUUUUAUAUUUAUUCUCAGUAAUACCAAUUUACCCCACUGAAGACAUUCUUUAAAAAAGUAAACUCUGCCAUAAGACUUUAUGAUUGCAAAUAAAAAGGAACAUCUGAGUCUGAGGGUGGUUUUAACCUUCCAGACUUAGAAUUGUAUCAACUCACCACCCAGGGCUUUUACUUGGGACAUGUAGUUAAAUGCACUAAAGAGGAACAAUGGGUACAUAUACAGUACCAGUCAAAAGUUUGGACACCUACUCAUUCCAGGGGUUUUCUUUAUUUUUACUAUGUUCUACAUGGUAGAAUAAUAGUGAAGACAAAACUAUGAAAUAACACAUAUGGAAUCAUGUAGUAACCAAAAAAGUGUUAAACAAAUCAAAAUAUAUUUUAUAUUUGAGAUUCUUCAAAGUAGCCACCCUUUGCCUUGAUGACAGCUUUGCACACUCUUGGCAUUCUCUCAACCAGCUUCAUGAGGUAGUCACUUGGAAUGCAUUUCAAUUAACAGGUGUGUCUUGUUAAUUUGUGGAAUUUCUUUCCUUCUUAAUGCAUUUGAGCCAAUAAGUUGUGUUGUGACAAGGUGGGGGGGUAUACAGAAGAUAGCCCUAUUUGGUAAAAGACCAAAUCCAUAUUAUGGCAAGAACAGCUCAAAUAAGCAAAGAGAAACGACAGUCCAUCAUUACUUUAAGACAUGAACGUCAGUCAAUCCGAAACAUUUCAAGAACUUUGAAUGUUUCUUCAAGUGCAGUUGCAAAAACCAUCAAGCGCUGAUGAAACUGGCUCUCAUGAGGGCCGCCACAGGAAAGGAAGACCCAGAGUUACCUCAGCUGCAGAGGAUAAAUUCAUUAGAGUUAACUGCUCCUCAGAUUGCAGCCCAAAUAAAUGCUUCACAGAGUUCAAGUAACAGACACAUCUCAACAUCAACUGUUCAGAGGACACUGCGUGAAUCAGGCCUUCAUGGUUGAAUUGCUGCAAAGAAAACACUAUUAAAGGACACCAACAAUAAGAAGAGACUUGCUUGGGCCAAGAAACACGAGCAAUGGACAUUAGACCUGUGAAAAUCUGUCCUUUGGUCUGAUGAGUCCAAAUUUGAGAUUUUUGGUUCCAACCGCCGUGUCUUUGUGAGACGCAGAGUAGGUGAACGGAUAAUCUCUGCAUGUGUUGUUCCCACCGUGAAGCAUGGAGGAGGAGGUGUUAUGGUGUGGAGGUGCUUUGCUGGUGACACUGUCUGUGAUUUUAUUUAGAAUAAAGGCACACUUAACCAGCAUGGCUACCACAGCAUUCUGCAGCGAUACACCAUCCCAUCUGGUUUGGGCUUAGUGGGACUAUCAUUUUGUUUUUAAACAGGACAAUGACCCAAACACAUCUCCAGGCUGUGUAAGGGCUAUUUGACCAAGAAGUAGAGUGAUGGAGUGCUGCAUCAGAUGACCUGGCCUCCACAAUCACCCGACCUCAACCCAAUUGAGAUGGUUUGGGAUAAGUUGGACCGCAGAGUGAAGGAAAAGCAGCCUACAAGUGCUCAGCAUAUGUGGGAACUCCUUCAAGACUGUUGGAAAAGCAUUCCAGGUGACUCCUCAUGAAGCUGGUUGAGAGAAUGCAAACUGUCAUCAAGGCCAAAGGGUGGCUACUUUGAAGAAUCUAAUAUAUAUUUUGAUUUGUUUAACACUUUUUGGGUUACUACAUGAUUCCAUAUGUAAUAUUUCAUAGUUUUGAUGGCUUCACUAUUAUUCUACAAUAUAGUUAAAAUAAAGAAAAACCCUUGAAUGAGUAGGUGUGUCCAAACUUUUGACUGGUACUGUAGAAGAUGCUCAUCCCCAGAAUAUGUGUACGUGCUUAUUUUCUAAGGAUAAAGCUAAGAACAUUAACAACUUCAUAGUUAAGAACACUAUAACAAUAUGGAAGAAAUUUAAAUGUAUUCUACAAUAACCAAUAUCACUCACUAAAAACACCCCUAUUGAACAAUCCUUGGAUAGCUUUUCAGAAUUCACAGAUAAAUUGGUCUACAUGGAAAACUAAAGGCAUAGAAAAGUAAUAGGAAAUACAUUUAUUCCAUGACAGAAUUAAAAAGCAAUUUUGGUCUGACCAAUGUAGAUAUUCUCAAAUACAUGCAACUUAAGUUUAAUUUCAAGAAAUUUCGAUUUUAAGUUCUUUCAACAUUUGAGCAAUCUUGAGGGAAUCCUAUUUGAGUCAGAAAAUACUAUUCAUAUGAUAGGUAAGAUAUACCAAACCUUGCAGAGCAUAUCCAACUGACAAUCUCUUAGAAAAAAAUAGAAACUACUGGAACCAAGACUUAAAAAUAACUGAUAUUGGCACAAGAUGGAGGGAAUGUUGGAACAUAACUAACAUACAGUUAAUGAAAAUGUACACUGAAUAAACUAAUAGAAUUUAUUACACCAGACAAUAUUCACAAAUUCUACAGUACAACUAACAAUGUCUCAAUAAUCCAUGCCUUCUGGGAAUGCUAUAAAGUCCGAAAUCGUUAACACAAUGGAAAGGUGAAAUGCUUUAUCUAAAUGUGGAAAGUGUGUGGGCAAUGGAGAGAAACAAAAUGGUGCAAUUUGCGGCCGUGUGGCGGAGAGUAAUUUGGGCACUGGAGAGUGAUGCGGGGCUGACUCUCUCUCGCUCUCUCUAGGAGAAGUUGAUAUCAGAGAUGGCAGCAUGUCAUGGUGUCUUGAUAACGUCGUAUUCAGCCGUGAGGAUCAUGCAGGAGACCCUGCAGAGAUACGACGGCUGGCACUACGUUAUACUGGACGAGGGACACAAGAUCCGCAACCCUCACGCUGGAGUUACCACUGCCUGCAAGCAGGUACGCUCACACAGCUCAAUAAACCGUUGGUCAACAACCCUGGUUCUGGAUAGCUACAGUAUAAGUAUGUAGGCCCUAUAGUGUUUUGUUCCACCCAAGCUGCUAAUCAAUAUUUUUCGUCCCUUCACCUGCUCUCUCUCUCUCGCGCGCUCUCUCACUCACCCCCCCCCCCCCCCCCCCCUCUCACCCUCUACCUCUCGCCUCACCUCUCACUCUUUCACUCCCUUUCUCCAUCUCUAGUUCCGUACUCCUCAUAGGUUCAUUCUAUCUGGCAGUCCUAUGCAGAACAACCUGAAGGAGCUGUGGAGUCUAUUUGACUUUGUCUUCCCUGGCAAACUGGGCACGCUGCCUAUUUUUAUGGAACAGUUUUCUGUACCCAUCACGAUGGGGGGCUACAGCAACGCUUCACCUGUACAGGUAACAUACAGAUACACGCGCACACACACACAAUUUGGCAUCAAAGAAGCUCUCGUCAUUUUCGGAAGCAGGGAGUUGAUCUUAGGAUUGUUAAAAGGUCAUUUCUCAGGAUUUGACUUCAGAAUUUGAUUCACAUUUGUAUUCACAUGGAGGGGAUGGAAGAGAGGGGGAAGGAGGAGGUAGGGGAUGGAUAGAGGGGAAAGAGAGGGAGGUAGAGGAUGGACGAAAGGGGAGCGAGAGAAGGGAAGGACAGAGAAAGAGGUGGUGAGCUGCUAAACGAUGAUCCUCAGUCAUUAGUGUCCAGUCGUUAAUAACUCGCCGACUGGAUUUAAUUAUUUAACUGGCUAUAGAGGUAACACACACAUUGACGGGAUUUAAUUAUUUAGCUGCUUUUAGAUGGCCAUCCGUGUUUCCGCUGUCGAUAAUAAAAAAACCUUGACUAAUUAUUGAAGUUAUUAAAUGAUGAGAGCGGGCAAAGCACUCUUUCUCUCUAUAGCUCCCCCCGUUCCCUGUCUCUCUCAUCUGUCUGUCUCUCUACCCACCUGUCUCUAUCUUCCAUCUCCCCUCCCUCAACUCUCUCCCUCGCUCUUUCUUUCCAUAGUCCUAUAUUUCUUUCUCUCUCCCUCCCUCCCCCUCUGCCCUGCAGCUACAACACUUUUUGCCCACUGCUGGCUGUCCCUCUGAUCUCACCCCCCAGUGAGGUGGAUGACUGAUGAAUGAAUGGUUAAUGGUCAACGAACGGUUAAAGGGUUAAAUCGUGACCCUGGGCUGAGGCCGUUUACUGGAUCACACACUAUAGGCAGCUGAUGAAAGAGAGAGAGGUCCCCCUCUAGAGACCACCAUAAGCACUCUGAUCAAUGUUUAAUGGCCCAAUCUGCUGAGAUAGUGGGAGGUGGGGGGAGGGGAGGAGAGGGGCUAAACGACAAACAUGCCCCAGGACAAAUGUUCCAUUAUAGCAUUAUAGGUGUCAUAGUCAAUUGUUUGUUCAUCUGACCCUUCAGAAGGCGUGUGUGUGUCAUGUAUGUUUACCCAAGGGGCUGUUGAACCAUUGUGCUGGUGUCUUUGUUGUCAUUUGUUCUUGUUGUCAACUGUAAUUGUUUGUUGUGUGUCUUGGUUGUUAUAGGUCCAGACUGUGUACAAUUGUGAGUGUGUCUUUAAUUGGUGUGUGUGUCUUUGUGUUUUUCUAGGUCCAGACAGCUUAUAAGUGUGCGUGUGUUCUGAGGGAUACCAUUAACCCUUACCUGCUCAGACGGAUGAAGGCUGACGUGAAGGCCAACCUCUCUUUACCUGACAAGAAUGAACAGGUGCGCAUCUCUUUCUGUCCCUCCCUCCAUCUCUACGCCCUUCUGUCCCUCUUGUAGCGGAUACCAAAAGAUGCAAUAGUCUUCAAGUUUGCAAUUCUACAUUUUUGGGGAAAGGAAAUGGGAAUAAUAGCAUAAAGAAUAUGAUAUAUAAUAUUACACAGCAGACCUGUUCCUGCACAAUGCCAAACAAACCUCAAAGAGCCACAGGUAUGUAGAAUCUGCUCAUUAUGUGUGGUACCGGGCGUGAUGCGUCUAGAUCUGCGCUGUCCACCCGCCGUAACUGAACCCGCAGUCAGCGCUGUUUUCGCGGUGACUGUCCGUGUUCCUGUGCGCCAUUUUAAUAGCAAGGCUCAAGCCACGCCCACCUGAAUACGUCACUCUUAACCAUUAUUUGGCUGUGUUUGAGAAGUGGAUAAUCAAUUUUUCAACUAACUGUCACUUCACCGAUUGCGUUCAAAAUAGAAACUGACAAUAUUCAUACCUGUGCAAACCACAAUUUCUGCUGGACUUUCCACUAUCGGGGAAAAGUGUGAAACAGUACUGUAUCUCAAAAGGAUGGGGGUACCAUCAGAAAUUGUAGACAUGGAACAACAUGGUUUUGACCAUGGAACAACAUGGUUUUGUUUAUCAAAGUUGAUAUCUAAAUGGGCAACUACAUGAGGAGAGAAUAGAAAACGGUCUCUUUCCAGUAAGUGUUCCCCUUGCCGGAUAGAAAAAAAUGUUUUAUUAGAUGAUAAUGAAAACAAAGUGCAAUAUAUGGUUUAAAAAUCUUGGCAUGUGUGGUUUCAAAUAAGAACAUUUUUAUAUUUGACAUUCAGUUGAAUACCUGAAUUCCCAACAAAAUGUCUAGAAUCCAUUGAUUUUCUUUUUCUCAUUAUACAAUUGUUUAUGUGCUAUAACACAGUCAAUAUUUGAUGGGUUUUUUAAAUUCAAGUUGAGUUGCGUGUCUUACUUCAUUAUGCAGCUGUUACAUUUAUCAGAACUGUUUUGUACCUUUUCAAUUUUGACGACCGUUGCUAGUUUUAAUGGGUACAUCUUGGGGUUUACCAAAGGUUUUAUAUACGUGUCUCUAUUUUACUCAGGGUUUCUCCCAAUUAAUUACAACACCACCCGCCCUAUUCUCUAUCCUGACUUGCUCCCUGUGAAUAGUGCUGGCUGUGCUACAGUACCUGUGCACACUAUUAAUUAGUGUCAUUAGUAUCUCCUCACUAGUUUCUCCACUGACUAGAGGGGCAGGUAUUCAUUAGGGUGGCUAGUUAAUAUCUGGCUCAUAUCUGGUUGGAUCACACACACACACACACACACCAGGGUUUUCGUUAGCCGGAUGUAUUAUAAACGGAUUUUUUUUUUUUAGCUAAUAAAGAAAAUUGCCGCUGGCCAAUUGUCCAGGGAGAAAAAUACAGAUAUAGAGCCUAUGUGCGGAAAAUCUGUCAGACUGAGCGACCGCUUCUCAAACAGCUCAUUCAAUGCUGCUGGACUGAAAAUAUGUGCUUUUAGAAGCCCAAUCAGUGCGUUACAAGUCUAAAUGCAAUCGCGUGUUAAAAGCAGUUUUGAUGGCCACGAUUUAAAAAGAGCUACUAUUUUUAUUUCUCAACUGGUAAUUGAAGCACGCUUCCCAUUCGCCAUUCAAGUGCAUAUAGGCAAUGGUAGGCAGGCUUCAGCGUGUCACACACCACUUUGCAAUGAGCUGGAGGCAGAAUGCAUUUUGAAAACAUACUUAAUUGUUUGAAACCUGAACGUUUUACGUCAUAUUAUGAGGCAUGUCUUACCUUGGUUCAAAAUAAAGUCAGACCAUAGAAACGUGUUAUCAAUUAUUUUAUGAAUACUUCCAUAUGCCAUUGAAACCAGUAGCCUAUUUCUCUCAUGUUCUAUUUGUUUUCAAAUCAACUUUAUUUUAUUGUCCAGAAGCCAAGGGCACAAGCCUAGUCAUAUUAGCAACCCAUGCUAGUUGUUGCAUCUUUAGAUCUCCCCUCUUUCAAAUUUCUAAAGGAUAUUUUCAUCCGCUCACAUGUGUGGUGCGCUUUUGACAAUGGGUUUUCCACUAAUUGCGUUAUGGAACGAACAUUCACAUGUAGUCUACUGCCUUGUGCUCAUUGCUGUGUUUAUAAUGUGAAGAAAUAAUAGUUUAUCAACGUUUUAAACUAAACGUUCUGAUCUGUUGUAUCAGACUCAUUGCUUUUUACAAUUUUAUUUUACUGGUUAUAUGAAUUUGGGAUCUAUCGUCCCAGAACUGUCCCAAAGUCUAUUUGGAAUAGGCUAUUUAUUUUUCGCACAGAACAACAAGCUGACCAAUAGGUAAACUUUUCUACUAUGGGGGAUAUUAGAUUGACAUAGGCUAGUGAUUUUGAUGUUCAUUACUCGUCUUGUUGGCUGAGGAAAAGUACAUUGUGGCAGUUAUUCCAACAUCUUCAAAGUGCGCAUCGGAAUUCGGUAAGAAGGAUGCCCGCCGUUGCAUGUUCUGUUAAGAUGAAUAACCAUGGGCCUCCCGAGUGGCGCAGCGGUCUAAGACACUGCAUCGCAGUAUUGCUGCAUCACUACAGCCUGGGGUUCGAUCCCAGGCUGUGUCACAACCGGCUGUGACCUGGAGUCCCAUAGGGCGGCGCACAAUUGGAUUUCUGUCAUUCUGAGCACCGUGAGUGGACGCCCUAAUCAGGUUCCGCACCCAAUGCAUAUGGGUCUGGUAAAUUUCUCAAAUGUCCAUUAAAUUGAAAUGCUGCCGGUCAAAUGUCCGGCGCAACUGAAACCCUGACACACACACACACUAUUCUGAUCAGUUCAUUAAUUGUCUCCCUCGGGACAGAGCCCCUAGGCCGAUACCUCUUGUCUUUGAUUUCUGCUCACUCACUUGUUUCAUCAAGGGGUUUUAAAGUGAAGGCUUAAUACGUGCGCGUUUGUUUCUCCAGGUUUUGUUUUGCAGGCUAACAGAGGAACAGCGUGAGGUGUAUCAGGGCUUUCUGGACUCCAAAGAGGUCUACCAAAUACUGAAUGGAGAUAUGCAGGUGAGUCUCACUCCCUCUCCAUUUCCUCUCAUCUACCUCUUAGCUCACUCUCCUCCUCCUCUUUCUGCACUAAGGCUCUUUUGUACUGAAUGGAGAUACAGUGAGGGGGAAAAAGUAUUUGAUCCCCUGCUGAUUUUGUAUGUUUGCCCACUGACAAAGACAUGAUCAGUCUAUAAUUUUAAUGGUAGGUUUAUUUGAACAGUGAGAGACAGAAUAACAAAAAAAAAUCCAGAAAAAUGCAUGUAAAAAAUGUUAUCAAUUGAUUUGUAUUUUAAUGAGAGAAAUAAGUAUUUAACCCCUCUGCAAAACAUGACUUAGUACUUGGUGGCAAAACCCUUGUUGGCAAUCACAGAGGUCAGACGUUUCUUGCAGUUGGCCACCAGGUUUGCACACAUCUCAGGAGGGAUUUUGUCCCACUCCUCUUUGCAGAUCUUCUCCAAGUCAUUAAGGUUUCGAGCCUGACGUUUGGCAACUCGAACCUUCAGCUCCCUCCACAGAUUUUCUAUGGGAUUAAGGUCUGGAGACUGGCUAGGCCACUCCAGGACCUUAAUGUGCUGCUUCUUGAGCCACUCCUUUGUUGCAUUGGCCGUGUGUUUUGGGUGAUUGUCAUGCUGGAAUACCCAUCCACGACCCAUUUUCAAUGCCCUGGCUGAGGGAAGGAGGUUCUCACCCAAGAUUUGACAGUACAUGGCCUUGUCCAUCGUCCCUUUGAUGCGGUGAAGUUGUCCUGUCCCCUUAGCAGAAAAACACCCCCAAAGUAUAAUGUUUCCACCUCCAUGUUUGACGGUGGGGAUGGUGUUCUUGGGGUCAUAGGCAGCAUUCCUCCUCCUCCAAACACGGCGAGUUGAGUUGAUGCCAAAGAGCUCGAUUUUGGUCUCAUCUGACCACAACACUUUCACACAGUUCUCCUCUGAAUCAUUCAGAUGUUCAUUGGCAAACUUCAGACAGGCCUGUAUAUGUGCUUUCUUGAGCAGGGGGACCUUGCGGGCGCUGCAGGAUUUCAGUCCUUCACGGCGUAGUGUGUUACCAAUUGUUUUCUUGGUGACUAUGGUCCCAGCUGCCUUGACAUCAUUGACAAGAUCCUCCCGUGUAGUUCUGGGCUGAUUCCUCACCGUUCUCAUGAUCAUUGCAACUCCACGAGGUGAGAUCUUGCAUGGAGCCCCAGGCCGAGGGAGAUUGACAGUUAUUUUGUGUUAAUUCCAUUUGCGAAUAAUUGCACCAACUGUUGUUACCUUCUCACCAAGCUGCUUGGCGAUGGUCUUGUAUUCCAUUCCAGCCUUGUGUAGGUCUACAAUCUUGUCCCUGACAUCCUUGGAGAGCUUGUUGGUCUUGGCCAUGGUGGAGAGUUUGGAAUCUGAUUGAUUGAUUGCUUCUGUGGACAGGUGUCUUUUAUACAGGUAACAAACUGAGAUUAGGAGCACUCCCUUUAAGAGUGUGCUCCUAAUCUCAGCUCGUUACCUGUAUAAAAGACACCUGGGAGCCAGAAAUCUUUCUGAUUGAGAGGGGGUCAAAUACUUAUUUCCCUCAUUAAAAUGCAAAUCAAUUUAUAACAUUUUUGACAUGCAUUUUUCUGGAUUUUAUUGUUGUUAUUCUGUCUCUCACUGUUCAAAUAAACCUACCAUUAAAAUUAUAGACUGAUCAUGUCUUUGUCAGUGGGCAAAUGUACAAAAUCAGCAGGGGAUCAAAUACUUUUUUCCCUCACUGUAUGCAGGUGAGUCUCACUCCCUCCUCUCCAUUUCCUCAUCUAACUCUUAGCUCACUCUCCUCCUCCUCUUUCUGCACUGAGGCUCUUUUGUUAUUGAUCAGAGAAUGGGUUCUAUCAACAUUUUGAUUGAUUGCCCUUUUAGCUUUGAACAGUCAAGUCCAUUGUCUGUCUAUACAUAUUAUUGUCCUGUAACCACUGGCUGAUGUAUUUUCAUUUAAGGCCUAUAUAAAUAUAUAGCCUCGUUCGACCAUCCUGAUCUCGCGAGCUUACAUUCUGAUUCACUGUGAAAACAAAACAAAAGUGCAGUGGUCAGGAUGGUGGAGCAAGCUAAUACAUCUCAAGUUAUGAUCUGGAUUGGAAAUAUACAUUCUGGCAUCCCACUGAAAGACGAGUAUCUAGUUCCGGUUAUUCUUCCAGGAAUAAGACGGGCCUUAUUCAUUAUUUAACACUAACACUGGAGUACUACCCGAGAUGGUCUAUAAUGUUGAGAUAUGCCAAUCAAUGAAUUUACAAUGGGUUUUGCUAGACAUGAUGCAUGCAUAAAGCUUUCUAUAGGGACCUGUAUGUUAUCUCACAGUGUCAUUCACAUUAGGAUAUGUAAGGUCAGUGGUAUGAUAACUGAUGCCUGGUCAGAGGAAUCGGGCUCUACAGUUGUUCUUUAGUGUAUCUCUGACCCGUGGAAAGGCUUUUACACACCAACCAUUCUUCAUCACUGCUCUAUAUGUACGCGUGCCCCCCCGUCCCCCCCCGUCCCCCCCCCGUGGUCAGUCUCUCCUUGAUGUGGUCUCUGAAUCCAUUAACCCACAUUACUAAUGCAGCACUUGGCUAGUGCACUGCAAACACACAACACACACUCUUUGUCUUCUGCAGGGAAUGAGUUAUGUAGGACCAUUCAUUAGGACCCUUAAGGAAAUAAUUCGUCUGAAAAUUGGUUUGUUUAAAGGGACAACAUCAAUGUGAUCAUAGAAAUACAAUGAAAUUGAUUAUAUUUCUAUGAUUGUGAUACUUAAUGUUGUUGACUGAAAGGUAUAUAUUUUCUAGCUUGCUUCUUUUUGUAGAACCUAACAAGGUAGCUGUAAAAAUCAAUCAAUGCUUUGAUGGAUUAUUUGAUUGGUGUUUACCAAAUGUGUUUGUGCUAUGAUCAACCUGAAGUUAUGUGAGCUAUCUUGUGACAUAUCAACUGAAAAAUAAAAAAAUUCUACCACAACCUCCAUUUGGGGAACACUAUCCUCCUAGUUCACGGUGACUGUUUUAUUUAUUAAUGCAUUUAUUAAUUUAUUUUGAUCCUUCAUUUCCAGGUGUUCUCGGGCCUGAUAGCGCUGCGUAAGAUGUGUAACCACCCGGACCUGUUCUCUGGAGGUCCCAAGAUCCUGAAGGGUAUACCAGAGGACCAACUGACUGAAGAGGAACACUUUGGCUUCUGGAAACGCUCCGGCAAACUGAUGGUGGUGGAAUCACUGCUCCGACUUUGGUUUAAACAGCAACACAGAGUCCUGCUGUUCACACAGUCCAGACAGGUGUGUGUUUGUGUGUUGUGGGAGAGACAGAGACACUGACUGGGUGGGUUUCAGGUUCCAUGGAAAAUUAAUCGGACGAUGUUGUUAGGCCUAAUCUACAACUCUCUCUCUUUCUUCCUCUCCCGCUGUCACUCUUUCGCUGUCUAGAUGUUGGGGAUAUUGGAGGUGUUUGUGAGGGAGAAUGGCUACACCUAUGUGAAGAUGGAUGGUACCACCACCAUCGCCUCCAGACAGCCUCUCAUCGCUCGAUACAACGACGUAAGGGUCUACAAUUAUACCCUUUUCACACUUUCUUGCUUACCUGAACCAAACUGUGCUGGCUCAGAUAUUUUCUUUUCACAUUGUCUUUUUCAGCCUGCUUCCAGCAACUAUGGUUGAUGUGUAACCAGGCCUGCUCAGUACGGCUUGGUUUGGCUUGGCUCGAUUUGGCUCAGUAGUGUGAAAAGACCUUUCAGUGAAAAUCUCAACCCUGGGGGUUAGAUUACUAGUGUGAAAACAGCCUAUUGUCCAGCCUGCUGCCCAGUGCCUUUAGGUGUCUUCGCAUAUGGACCCAUGAUCAGACAUGUUCUGAUGAGUGAUGAAAAAAUAGUAAUAAGAAAUAGUUCUAUAUAUGCUUUGACCACCAUUCUAUCAUAUUUUCCCUCUCCUCCCCUCCUCUCCUCUCUCCAGGACAAGUCUAUCUUUGUGUUCUUGUUGACCACAAGAGUGGGGGGGCUGGGAGUCAACCUGACCGGAGCUAACAGAGUCAUCAUCUAUGACCCCGACUGGAACCCUAGCACUGAUACACAGGUACACACACACACACACACACACACCACUGACCAUAGGGUCGACAGACUCCAUGGUACAUAGACAUAUCUCUAACUAGUCAGUCGUUGCUUAACCGUUAAUCUCCUGGUAUUGUGUUGUCCCCUAGGCUCGAGAGCAUAUGUGGAGGAUCAUACACACACACUCUUAUCACACUCUCACCCCAUGUCCCUGUGUUGUUGUUGUCGUCUAGGCUCGAGAGCGAGCUUGGAGGAUUGGUCAGAAAAAGGAGGUGACUGUCUACAGACUACUGACCGCUGGGACCAUCGAGGAGAAGAUCUACCACAGGUAGGAAGGGAAGGAGGGACACUUUAUUCAUACCACUAUAUUCAUACCACUACUCAUUCACCGAGGUACAGUCCUCACUUACUGAGGGGUUAAAAUACCGACUUUGCAUAGAUCUGAGCUCGCUGCAUUUUGCAAAAGGCAUCAAGAAGUGUAACAUUUACUUUCUCAGGUACUAUUAUGAUAUAAUAUGCCAUUUAGCAGAUGCUUUCAUCCAAAACAAUUUACAGUAUUGCAUGCAUACAUUUUCGUAUGGAUUUCCCAACAAACCCACGAUCCUGACGUUGCAAGCUCUCUAGUUUCAAGUUUUAUUUGUCACAUGCACAAGUACAGUGAAAUGCUUAACCUGCCCUUCUCAACAGUGCUGUAUUCAAUAUCAAAAUAGUAUAGCUAAAAAUCAAACACGAGAAAUACAUUUUAUGUGCAGGGAUACUGGAGUAGUUGAGGUAGAUAUGUACAUGUAGACAGGGAUUAGGAGAAAGUGACUGGUAACAGGAUGGAUAAAUAAUAAUAGUAAACAAUAUAGCAUCAGUGGUAGGUGUGUGUGUGUGUGUGCGUGGUGGUGGUGAGUGUCAGUGUAGGCGUGUGUGGGUAGAGGCCUGUGAGCGUGCAUAUUGUCAGUGCAUAUAGUCCUUGGUGGGGUAGAGGCUCUCGCUCUCUUGGAGCCUGUUGGUCCGAGACCUGAUACUCUGGUACCGCCUGCCAGGUGGAAGCAGAGAGAACAGUACAUGUCAGGGGUGGCAGGAGUCUUUGGCAAUCUUUCGGGCCUUCCUCAGACACCGCUUGGUGUGUAUGUCCUGAAUGGCUGGGAGCUCGCCCACAGUGAUGUGCUGGGCUGUCCGCACCACCCUCUGUAGGGCCUUGCGGACGAGGGUGGAGCAGUUGCCAUACCAGGCAGUGAUGCAGCCAGUCAAGGCAGGAUCCAGUUGCAGAGGGAGGUGUUCAGUCCCAGGGUCCCGAGCUUGGUGACAAUCUUGGAGGGGACUAUGGUGUUGAACGCGAAGCUGUAGUCGAUGAACAGCAUUCUCACAUAGGUAUUUCCCCUCAUGUCUAAGUGGGAAGGGCAGUGUGGAGUGCAAUUGAGAUGGCAUCGUCUGUGGAUCUGUUGGGGCGGUAUGCAAACUGGAGUGGCUCCAGGGUGUCUGGGGUGAUCGUGUUGAUGUGUCAUGGCCAGCCUUUCUAAGCAUUUCCAAGAUGGCGCCGGAGGAGAUGGCUGCCGUUUUAUUUGUUAUUUAUUCUGUACAUCAUGUUUCUGCCACCGUCUCUUAUGACCAAAAAGAGCUUCUGGAUAUCAGGACAACGAUUACUCACCUCGUAUUGGACAAAGAUUUUUUUCUUGAACGAGUUGGACGCGAAGGAUAUUCUACAGACACCCGACAAGGCCCAAAUCCCCGUCAUUCGCAUGAGAAAGAGACAGAGAUAUCGUGGACGUAGGUCGGGGUGCCUUGUAAGGAUCCGACGGCGAGCGAGUAAUCUGCCUCUUCCAUCAAUCCUAUUAGCCAACGUACAAUCAUUUGAAAACAAAAUGGACGACCUAAGAUCAAGAAUAUCCUACCAACGGGACAUUAAAAACUGUAAUAUCUUAUAUUUCACUGAGUCGUGGCUGAACGACGACAUGGAUAACAUACAGCUGGCGGGAUAUACGCUACAUCGGCAGGAUAGAACGGCUGACUCCGGUAAGACAAGGGUGGCGGUCUGUGUAUAUUUGUAAACAACAGUUGGUGCAUAAAAUCUAAUACUAAGGAAGUCUCAAGGUUUUGCUCGCCUGAGGUAGAGUAUCUCAUGAUAAGCUGUAGAACACACUAUUUACCACACUAUAUUUUUCGUAGCUGUCUAUUUACCACCACAAACCGAUGCUGGCACUAAGAUUGCACUCAAUGAGCUGUAUAAGGCCAUAAGCAAACAGGAAAAAGCUCAUCCAGAGGCAGCGCCCCUAGUGGCCGGGGACUUUAAUGCAGGGAAACUUAAAUCCGUUCUACUUAAUUUCUACCAGCAUGUUAAAUGUGCAACCAGAGGAGAAAAAAACUAGGUAGGUAACAACACAUCUGCCACGCUGAUCCUCAACACGGGGGCCCCUCAGGGUACUCCCUGUUCACCCAUGACUGCAUGGCCAGGCACGACUCCAACACCAUCAUUAAGUUUGCCGAUGACACAACAGCGGUAGGCCUGAUCACCGACAACGAUGAGACAGCCUAUAGGGAGAAGGUCAGUGACCUGGCCGUGUGGUGCCAGGAUAACAACCUCUCCCUCAACGUGAUCAAGACAAAGGAGAUGAUUGUGGACUACAGGAAAAAAUUGAGGACUGAGCACGCCCCCAUUCUCAUCAACAGGGAUGUAGUGGAACAGGUUGAGAGCUUCAAGUUCCUUGGUGUCCACAUCACCAACAAACUAUCAUGGUCCAAACACACCAAGACAGUCGUGAAGAGGGCACGACAAAGCCUAUUCCCCCUCAGGAGACUGAAAAAAUUUGGCUUGGGUCCUCAGAUCCUCAAAAUGUUCUACAGCUGCACCAUCGAGAGCAUCCUGACUGGUUGCAUCACCGCCUGGUAUGGCAACUGCUCAGCAUCCGACCGCAAGGCACUACAGAGGGUAGUGCGUACGGCCCAGUACAUCACUGGGGCCAAGCUUCCUGUCAUCCAGGACCUCUAUACCAGAUGGUGUCAGAGGAAGGCCCUACAAAUUGUCAAAGACUCCAGCCACCCUAGUCAUAGACUGUUCUCUCUGCUACCGCACGGCAAGCGGUACCGGAGCGCCAAGUCUAGGUCCAAAAGGCUUCUUAACAGCUUCUACCCCCAAGCCAUAAGACUCCUGAACAGCUAAUCAUGGCUACCCAGACUAUUUGCAUUGUCCCCCCCACCCCCUCUUUUACGCUGCUGCUACUCUGUUUAUUAUCUAUGCAUAGUCACUUUAACUCUACCCACAUGUACAUAUUACCUCAAUUACCUCGACUAACCGGUGCCCCCGCACAUUGACUCUGUAACGGUACCCCCUGUAUAUCGCCUCCCUACUGUUAUUUUAUUUUACUGCUGCUCUUUAAUUAUUUUUAAUUUUUUUACUUAACACUUUUUUUCUUCUUCUUAAAACUGCGUUGUUGGUUAAAGAUUGUAAGUAAGCAUUUCACUGUAGGGUCUACACCGGUUGUAUUCGGCGCAUGUGCCAAAUUAAAUUGUAUUUUAUUUGAUGAUUACAGAUGUGAGUGCUAUAAGGCGGUUGUCAUUGUGGCAAGUUACCUUAGAUUUCUUGUGAACAGGAACGAUGAUGGUCAAUUUGAGGCAUGUGGAGAUUACAGACUAGGACAGGGAGAGGUUGAAAAUGGCCGUAAAGAUGCCUGCCAGCUGGUCUGCGCAUGCCCUGAGGAUGCGCCCUGGUAUUCUUUCUUGCCCAGCGGCCUUAUGAGCGUUGACACGUUUAAAGGUCUUACUCACGUCAGCCUCGGAGAGCGAGUAAUCCGAAACAGCGGGAGCCUUUAUGCAAAGCUCUGUGGUGUUGUCAUUGAAGAGUACAUAAAAGGCUUUAAGUUUGUCUGGUAGAGUGGCAUUGUUGGGCAGCUCACAGCUGGGUUGUCCUUUAUAAUCCAUUUUCAUCCUUGAGCAUUGGAGCCAGUGCAGUAGGAUUCCACCUUAUUCCUGUAUUGUCUUUGCAUGUUUGGUGGUUCUACGGAGGUUGUAGUGGGACUUCUUGUAUGUGACUAUGGCUACUUCCUUAGCCUCAGGGUUAGCUACGUUGGCUGCGAUAGCCCUAUGUGUGGUGUGUCUGUCCUUUAGUUUAGCAUGUGUCUCAGUGUUAAUCCUGGGCCUUUGGUUGGGAAACAUCUGACCUUUACUGUAGGGACAACGUCAUCGGUGCAUUUACUGAUGAAGCCGGUGAUGGUGGUGGUAAACUUGGCGACGUUGGCGGAGUCCCGAAACAUAUUUCAGUCUGCACUAGCAAAGCAGUCCCGUAAUGUAGCAUCUGCUUCGUCGGACCACUUCUCCACUGAGCGUGUCACAGGCACGUCUUGUGAAGGGAGGCCAAGGGAGUGACUUAUAAGCGUGCUUGUUUGUCGUAUAACAGUAGCGCCCCUAGUGGCACAGGACACUUGCUGGGAAAAGUUAGGCAGAAAGAAUAAUGUCUGAGUUUAAUUCAAUAAGAGAGAACCUGUGAAAUGGAGGGUUGAAAAUAAAGAGAAGGGAGGGACAGAAAAGUAAUGUUUGGGAAAGAUUUGGUGAAGUGGUAAAAAAGGCAGCUAUGUUAUGUGUGAUGACUGUGAGGCGCUAUACAAAUUCCACAGUCACAAGACGGGACUUCAAACAAGCCUAUGGCACGUCAAGGGAACUGGAGCCUACUAUUCAGAUGGGUUAAAUGGAAACACUGACUGUAGGUCUAUAACCUCUCACAUAGCCUUAAUAUAAACUCCUGCAGAAUUAAAAUGAUACACCAAAUGUAGGCUAAAUGUUGACUAGGGAACAGGUUUUUCUUUCCUUUCCCAUCUUGAGAGAAUGCAAAUGCCAGUUAGCACCUCUACAGAUGGUAUCUAUGUUCAUCAGCAUCAUAAAAUAUGCAUCCAAGCCGAACUGAAAUCUUAUCAGAAACAUGUUGGGUCGUUUUCACAGCUUUAUAUUUCCUUACAACUGGUCAAAAUGAUAUCAUGUAAAAAAAAAUUUGCACAUGAAAUAUUUCCAGUUUUAAUUUUCUCCCCAGUCCCUAAAUUUCUUUGCUCUGUGAAAGAAGCAGAGAUGACAGAACUUUACCGAUGUCAGCUAUAUUGAAGCAUUCAUUCUAUUGAUUUAUGACAUUGUUCUGGUGAGCAAGGGUUUAUUUAGUCUACUAGGGCAACAUAAUGACAGAAGAGAAGCUGCAUGUAUCUAAUUAUAGACAAGUUGACUAACAAAUAGCCUACCAAAAAGUUGGAAAUUAUAAGCAGAAACCUAUCUAAAUCUGUCAAAAAAUUGUUACGCCAUCUAUGACUGUAGCCUAGAGCGCAUUUUCUAUAUUAGCGGGUUAGGGUCGGGUGGUGGCCUCAGAUUUUUACUUUGUCAGAUACAGUGGGGGGAAAAAAGUUUUUAGUCAGCCACCAAUUGUGCAAGUUCUCCCACUUUAAAAGAUGAGAGAGGCCUGUAAUUUUCAUCAUAGGUACACGUCAACUAUGACAGACAAAUUGAGAAUUUUUUUCUCCAGAAAAUCACAUUGUAGGAUUUUUAAUGAAUAUAUUUGCAAAUUAUGGUGGAAAAUAAGUAUUUGAUCACCUACAAACAAGCAAGAUUUCUGGCUCUCACAGACCUGUAACUUCUUCUUAAAGAGGCUCCUCUGUCAUCCACUCGUUACCUGUAUUAAUGGCACCUGUUUGAACUUGUUAUCAGUAUAAAAGACACCUGUCCACAACCUCAAACAGUCACACUCCAAACUCCACUAUGGCCAAGACCAAAGAGCUGUCAAAGGACACCAGAAACAAAAUUGUAGACCUGCACCAGGCUGGGAAGAAUGAAUCUGCAAUAGGUAAGCAGCUUGGUUUGAAGAAAUCAACUGUGGGAGCAAUUAUUAGGAAAUGGAAGACAUACAAGACCACUGAUAAUCUCCCUUGAUCUGGGGCUCCACGCAAGAUCUCACCCCGUGGGGUCAAAAUGAUCACAAGAACGGUGAGCAGAAAUCCCAGAACCACACGGGGGGACCUAGUGAAUGACCUGCAGAGAGCUGGGACCAAAGUAACAAAUCCUACCAUCAGUAACACACUAUGCCGCCAGGGACUCAAAUCCUGCAGUGCCAGACGUGUCCCCCUGCUUAAGCCAGUACAUGUCCAGGCCCGUCUGAAGUUUGCUAGAGUGCAUUUGGAUGAUCCAGAAGAGGAUUGGGAGAAUGUCAUAUGGUCAGAUGAAACCAAAAUAUAACUUUUUGGUAAAACCUCAACUCGUCGUGUUUGGAGGACAAAGAAUGCUGAGUUGCAUCCAAAGAACACCAUACCUACUGUGAAGCAUGGGGGUGGAAACAUCAUGCUUUGGGGCUGUUUUUCUGCAAAGGGACCAGGACGACUGAUCCGUGUAAAGGAAAGAAUGAAUGGGGCCAUGUAUCGUGAGAUUUUGAGUGAAAACCUCCUUCCAUCAGCAAGGGCAUUGAAGAUGAAACGUGGCUGGGUCUUUCAGCAUGACAAUGAUCCCAAACACACUGCCCGGGCAAUGAAGGAGUGGCUUCGUAAGAAGCAUUUCAAGGUCCUGGAGUGGCCUAGCCAGUCUCCAGAUCUCAACCCCAUAGAAAAUCUUUGGAGGGAGUUGAAAGUCCGUGUUGCCCAGCGACAGCCCCAAAACAUCACUGCUCUAGAGGAGAUCUGCAUGGAGGAAUGGGCCAAAAUACCAGCAACAGUGUGUGAAAACCUUGUGAAGACUUACAGAAAACGUUUGACCUGUGUCAUUGCCAACAAAGGGUAUAUAACAAAGUAUUGAGAAACUUUUCUUAUUGACCAAAUAAAUUCAUAAAAAAUCCUACAAUGUGAUUUUCUGGAGAAAAAAAAUCUCAUUUUGUCUGUCAUAGUUGACGUGUACCUAUGAUGAAAAUUACAGGCCUCUCUCAUCUUUUUAUGUGGGAGAACUUGCACAAUUGGUGGCUGACUAAAUACUUUUUUUCCCCACUGUAUAGUCAGGCGAUUGCGGAUAAGUUAUUAGCAAUUGCGGGUGAACAAACAGCUGACCGACUACAGGAUUACGUCCACGUUUCAAGUAGCUCUUCAUCUAUGAUAAACUGAACUAUUGAGAUUCUCCUCCCAACACCAUCAGGAGAGACUGUGUUAAUAUUCACCUCUGGUGUUUUUCCCUUCAGGCAAAUCUUCAAACAGUUCCUGACCAACCGCAUUCUGAAGGACCCUAAACAGCGACGCUUCUUCAAGUCCAACGACAUCUACGAGCUGUUUACCUUAUCUAACCCUGACGGGACGCAGGGCACAGAGACCAGCGCUAUAUUCGCAGGUACACACACACACAAACACACACACACAAGUGGUUCCGACUGUCUGUUCCUAUUGGUUUUGUGUCUGAUGUUUUUAUUUCCCCUCGUUGUGUAGGUACGGGUUCUGAUGUCCAAGCUCCUAAGAAACCAGUCAGACCAAGGUCUAACCACAGACACUCUGUAACCAAUCACAAUGUUAGCUCCACUGGAGGUGGAACCAUCCCUUCCCCAUCGCCCCGGCCUGGAGACAGGACCACCCCCCUUCGCAGUAACAUCUCUCUCGAUAGGAACAACAGGCUGACGGACAGCCAGGAAGCCAACCAGGGCGAGGCAAGGGAGGCACCAGAUAUUCCUAUUGACCAGUCCAAGACAGACUGUGACACACAGCACUCUAGGGAGGAGGGAAGCAACGCUCAUAUACACACAGACCCCGACAGAGACACAAACUCCAAUCUGCCCCACAAACACAGAGAACAUUCACACACUAACUCCCCCAGUCCCAGCACACAGAAGCACAGAGAAAAAAAACACAGUUCACACAAACACAGAGACUCUCAAGGACCCGGCUCCAGUCCCUACAAACACAGGGAGAAGAGGAAGCACUGUGACUCGACAGCAGAAGGACCUAAAAACAAACACGGGAAACAGAAACAGGCCAAGGUCGAGGGUCAUCGCAUCUCCUACCUGGUGAAGAAGAGGAGCUACAAAGGACAGGAGGAGCGCGAGGAGCAGCCGGAAAAACAGGACCAGAGACAGAGCGACGACUAUGUACUGGCCAAACUCUUCAAGAAGUCGGGUAUGUUUUUAUGUUAAUACAUGUUUACAAGUAAUUAAAUAUAUUUGUAUUGGUAGUUUGUAUAUCGCUUUAAUUCUUAUUCAUGAAAGUUAUUUUAAAGUGUUACCGUACUUUUCUUUACGUGUUUCAAGAAAUCGGGUACCUCUGCACAUGAGGCGUUAGUUGCCAGGUUAAGUUUUGGUGGACUGAGGGAGAAGCUCUUUGUUUAAACGGUAGAAGAAGAUGAACUAGCAUGAACCAAACAGUGUUUUUGUGUGUGUUUGUUUUGUGUUGUUUAACCACAAUUGUGUUAGUGAUUUUGUCCUAUAAUCACAGGGGAAAGUAAAGCCUCACAGUGCAUCUUGAACCAUUUUCUCUCUCUCCUCUCCAGGUAUCCACAGUGUGAUGCAGCAUGACUCCAUCAUGGAGGCGUCUAACCCAGACUUUGUCCUGGUGGAAGCUGAAGCUAACAGAGUAGCUAAAGACGCUUUGAAAGCUCUGAAGGUCUCCAGGCAACACUGUAGACUGCCCUACAACCGACCUGCCCCAGCUCCAACCAGGUACACACACACACACGUACACGCAGGCUAACACGCACACAGCCUAGCACAUACAGAGGGUAGUGCGUACGGCCCAGUACAUCACUGGGGCCAAGCUUCCUGCCAUCCAGGACCUCUAUACCAGGCGGUGUCAGAGGAAGGCCCUCAAAAUUGUCAAAGACUCCAGCCACCCUAGUCAUAGACUGUUCUCUCUGCUACCGCACGGCAAGCGGUACCGGAUUGCCAAGUAUAGGUCCAAAAGGCUUCUCAACAGCUUCUACCCCCAGGCCAUAAGACUCCUGAACAGCUAAUCAUGGCUACCCGGACUAUUUGCACUGCCCCCCCACCUCCACCCCCCACCACAUCUUUUUACGCUGCUGCUACUCUGUUAAUUAUUUAUGCAUAGUCACUUUAACUCUACCCACAUGUACAUAUUACUUCAACUACCUCAACUAGCCGGUGCCCCCGCACAUUGACUCAGCACCGGUACCCCCCUGUAUAUAACCUCCCUACUGUUAUUUUAUUUUACUUCUGCUCUUUUUUUCUCAACACUUUUUUUGUUUUAUUUUACUUUUUUAUUUAAAAAUAAAUGCACUGUUGGUUAAGGGCUGUAAGUAAGCAUUUCACUGUAAUGUCUGCACCUGUUGUAUUCGGCGCAUGUGGCCAAUAAAAUUUGAUUUGAUUUGAUACACAGGCUAGCACACACAGGCUAACACUGUAGACUUCCACAUUGAGUGGAGGAUUAUGGGUAGUGUAGUUUAAUGUGUGUGUGGUUGUGUGUCUACAGGAAGAGGUUUGGUCAGAAGAAGAAUCCUUUGCUGUCUGCUCCUCCUUCUACAGCUGCCCCAGCUCAGGACAAAUGCAAGGUAACUACACACCUCAACACCACAGAGGUAGAAAACAUAUUUGUAUUCAUUGUGUUCAUUAGGGCGCACAAAGGAAAAUGUUAUAAGAAAAAUUCACAGGGUGUCUGCAGGUCCUUAAAAGGUCUUAAGUCUUAAAUUUAUUUAUCUAAAUUAAAGGCUUUAAAAUGUCUUAAAUUCAGUUUUCAAUGGUCUUAAAAAAUGCAACCUGAGAUGACUACAGUGUUUCCCCUAUGUUGUGCAGCUGCUUAAUUGUUGCCACCACGGCAAAAUAAAAAAUUCACAUCAAAUUAUAGCCUACUCCUACCAAGGCGCAUUUUCAACAUGCUAGAGAGCUCCACAUGUAUAGCCUACGACUCUGUGUGUGUGCCACUGCAAGUAGACUGUUGCCAGAUGAGAGAGCACAGCGAGUAAGGUAGCCUACAAAAUAGAUAGCCAAUUCGAAACAUUGCUUGUAGCUUAGCUAGUUGGCUCACUCAUUAGCUAGCUUGUUAACUAUUUAGCUAUUAAAUGAUUUGGUCAAACAGUAUAGUGCAUUAUCGUCAUCAUUCCUCUAAUGGAAGUGUCUGCCCUGCCCAUGUGCCUGUUUCGCCGGGACCUGCUGCAGUGAUGAUGAGCGAGCCAUUUUUUACUGCCUUUCCCACUGCACUUCUGUAGAAAAAAAAUGUGUUCUGAUUUUAGCUAUAAGAAAAACACAGCUAUCCUGUGUAAUAACACCCGCCACCUGACAAACGCAGGUGGGUAAGAAUGUCUAAUUCACCAGAUUAGUUUUUAGAAGCAAUGGGCACAGGCAUAAAAGUAGAUCUAAUUUACUCUGAAGUCUACUAAAGUGAGACUUUGUCCUCGUGUUUCUUGGCAAUUUACAUUGUUUUGUUGACAAGCUAGGUUGCUUUUCAAUGUUUGAGUUUGCUACAACUGCUAGCAAAUAGAGACAUUGUUGGCCUCUACUAGUGACAUUCUCACAGGCACAUGUGAUGACUCCAUUGGCCCUGUUACCAAGGUAACCUUAAAGGGGCAGCUAAAAUGUUUUGUCUGUGAUAUUUUUGUUAAAAUACUCAGGUCACAGAAUAUUAAAUUAAAUCGAGCAAUAUACCACAUUACUUCUUACUAGUAAUACAUGUAUUGUUUUAUAAACAUUACUAAGCAUGCUCAUAAUUUUUGUGUGUUUCUUUGUGUAACAAAUCGGAGUUGCUGCUAGGUUUUUUUAUCUACCUGCCACAGUGGCUGGUAUACAAAAAAAGUUAGUUUUAGGCCCUCGUAAUACUUGUUGUCACUGUUGAAGAGAGGAGGUUCUCAGCUUUGUGCAGGUAUAUUUUUUUAUUUCUCAGCUGUCUAUUUUACAACCAAGAUAUUGAUAUGGAUUUGAGAGACGGCCUCAUUGGGUAUUAGGCUAUGACAGCAACGUUUUUUAGGGCAUUAAUAAUUACUUUACUGUUAGAUUAAAACAUGGUUACUUCCAGUAAAAAUUAUAUUUCGAGGUAGUCCUCUAGCUAAUGUGUUUUGAGUUUCCACUUACUCAGCUGGUGAAUUAGCACCAAAUAUUUGUCUGUGAUAUUAGUGUAGGCAAAUUCAUCUCUAUUGAACAAAAAAUAUAGAGUCCUAUUUUAACACUAAAUAGAACAAUGGCCUAAUUGUCAAACUAAAAUUCAUUACAAUCACUGGAUUAGGUUGCAGUGCAUAUAAGAAUAUCUUGAAUCAUGCAUUCCUGCUUAGAUAAAACACGUUAUUUGAGUACCAUCUCAGUAGUCUAUUGCACUUCUUUAUUAAAGCACUGUGAAUGCCAUUAGAAGAUGAUUAGCCUACUAUUUGUUUUCGAUUAGUGACUGUGUGAAGAAAUAGGGAAUAUAAGCAGGUUUGUGGCGCACGCAGACCUCAAAGUUGGUAUUAAAUUGCAUUUCAAUUGGCAUUAAAAAGGUAUUUUAAAAAGUCUUAAAUUCAACUUGAUGGAACCUGCAGAUAACCUGUUUCAAUGGAAAUGGAAAUUAGUGUUUCCUAUUGGACACAUCCAGGUAGUCUCUCCAUGUUUCGGUCAGUUUUCCACUGUUUGGUGCUUAAUGACAUGACCCUGCUGAAACAUAUAGUCAGAUAUUCUCUGUUCUUCAUUAUUCUGUUCUCUGUUGUAACCCAGUGUGUCUGCUUUGUCUGUGUAGGAUGCUUCCAUCAUCAAGAAAACCAUUGCCAGGAAACCCAUCCCAGGGGGUCACUUCAGUGGAGAAGGGGUAGAGGUGGGCGGAUCUUCCUCCGCUCUGCUGGCCCGCAUGAAAGCUAGGAACCACCUCAGCCUGCCUCAGAGAGAAGUGGAUGGAGGAGGAGAGGAAGAGGAAGAGGAGGAGGGGGGGCAUACCACCUCGGGCACUCCUGCCCCCCCUACGGAACACGAUGAGCUCCUGGUGGAGCUGAGGAACUUUGUGGCAUUCCAGGGAGCUGUGGAUGGACAGGCCAGCACCAAGGAGGUCCUGGACCACUUCACCCCCAGACUGAACCAGACCCAGACCCCUGUCUUCAGAGAACUACUCCGAAACAUCUGUAACUUCCACAGGGCAGAGGGGCAGGAGGGGACGUGGAGACUUAAACCUGACUACAGAUAAUGGGAGUAGGGAGAAGGGGAGAGGAGACUCACAUCUGACUACUUGUACUGUGAGGAAGAGAGGAAAAAGGAGUGUAAAGAGGGUGAGGCAGAGGAGGAGAAGUGUGGGUUGAUGGAGUAAGAGAGGAACUUGAGACAAAAAAAAAAACUUCACCUUGCGGAGAGAACAGAGAGGGAGGAGAGGGG